UCAGGCUUGCAGCUGUCCACUUACCCACGACAACCUGCCACACUUUCUGAGGAAACUUGUCAAAAAGAGCCCACGGCUAGAGAGCCCACGGCUAGAGAGCCCACGGCUGCUAAAGAGCCCACGGCUGCUAAAGAGCCCACGGCUGCUAAAGAGCCCACGGCUGCUAAAGAGCCCACGGCUGCUAAAGAGCCCACGGCUGCUAGAGAGCCCACGGCUGCUAGAGAGCCCACGGCUGCUAGAGAGCCCACGGCUGCUAGAGAGCCCACGGCUGCUAGAGAGCCCACGGCUGCUAGAGAGCCCACGGCUGCUAGAGAGCCCACGGCUGCUAGAGAGCCCACGGCUGCUAGAGAGCCCACGGCUGCUAGAGAGCCCACGGCUGCUAGAGAGCCCACGGCUGCUAGAGAGCCCACGGCUGCUAGAGAGCCCACGGCUGCUAGAGAGCCCACGGCUGCUAGAGAGCCCACGGCUGCUAGAGAGCCCACGGCUGCUAGAGAGCCCACGGCUGCUAGAGAGCCCACGGCUGCUAGAGAGCCCACGGCUGCUAGAGAGCCCACGGCUGCUAGAGAGCCCACGGCUGCUAGAGAGCCCACGGCUGCUAGAGAGCCCACGGCUGCUAAAGAGCCCACGGCUGCUAAAGAGCCCACGGCUGCUAAAGAGCCCACGGCUGCUAAAGAGCCCACGGCUGCUAAAGAGCCCACGGCUGCUAAAGAGCCCACGGCUGCUAAAGAGCCCAGGGCUAAAGAGCCCAGGGCUAAAGAGCCCAGGGCUAAAGAGCCCACGGCUAAAGAGCCCAGGGCUAAAGAGCCGUGA